GAUUAUGAUGCCAACCUUGGAAUAUUUUUAAUACAUGACAUCGCUCCAUAGACAUGCUUUUCAGCUUUCAGCUUUCACCCCUAUCAAAGGGCAGCAAUAGCAAGCAAGCCCGAGGAGCAGAAACGACGUAGUUCGUAGCAGGCCAAAGACACACAAAGCGACGCCGUUUGGAUGUUUUCUUUUUUUUCUUGGGCCCCCGCCACCAGCUUUUGCAAGUGCACCUUACCUGAUCUUAUUGUAACUUGCAAAAUCUUGAGCAGUUUGUCGGUUUAGCGACUAGCAACCUCAAAUUCAAUGGAGGGUAUUUGAUUACGGCAACCAACAGAGGUGUUCAAUUUCUAUUCGGACCCAAAUUCAAAGCUUCUUCCACUCUCUUAUGCUUCUUCGUCGUUUUUUAGAUUCCUUGCUUCUCCUCUUUCCGAGAACACUUUUAUGCUCAAUAUUCCAUGUGAUGUAUUACCCGGAUUUCAACUUUAAACCUCAGUGAAAAUAUUGACGAAAACGUACACGUUGGGACCUUGAUGCCACAACUCUGAUAUUGGUUGGAAAAAUUUGUUCUUGAUUUGAAAAUGGUUUCAACUGAUAGUGGAAACCACAAAGAGGAAAUUGAAGAAUCUAAUGGCAGUGAAGUGAAGGGUCAUAUCCCCUUUGAUGUUUCCAUAUCUCAGAAGACAUUGUUAAGCAAUGUAAAGUCUCCAAAAAGGUUCCCUGAUGCUGUUCCUAAUAAUAGAAUAAGGUUCCUCAAAUUUGGUUCUGCAUCUGCAAGUUUCAAGCGCAUAGCUGAGGAGAGAGAUGAGAUCUCAAGAUCUGUGGUUUCGAGUGCUCAUGGUUUUAAAGAACGAAUCAACGGGGUUUUUUCCCAUAAAAUUGAUUGGGUUUCACUCAUGAAAAUGAGCAAACAAUGGAUUAGGAACCCAAUGAACAUGGCUCUUUUUGUGUGGAUCACCUGUGUUGCUGUUUCGGGUGCAAUUCUGUUUCUUGUCAUGACUGGAAUGUUGAACAAGGCAAUACCAAAGAAGUCCCAAAGAGAUGCAUGGUUUGAAGUCAAUAAUCAAAUUCUCAAUGCACUUUUUACUCUUAUGUGUUUGUACCAACAUCCAAAGCGGUUCUACCACCUUGUACUUCUGUGUAGAUGGAAACCAGAAGACAUUUCCAGACUUAGAAAGAUUUACUGUAAAAAUGGGACUUACAAGCCACAUGAAUGGGCCCACAUGAUGGUGGUUGUUGGUCUGCUUCAUUUGAAUUGCUUUGGUCAAUAUGCUCUUUGUGGCUUAAACUUGGGUUACAGGAGAUCUGAACGACCACCCAUAGGAGUUGGAAUAUGUAUAACUUUUGCUAUUGGUGCCCCUGCAUUUGCUGGUAUAUACAACAUUAUCAGUCCCCUUGGGAAGGAUUAUGAUUCAGAGGUGGUGGAUGAGGAAGCACAAGUUCGGAUUGGCACCGGUGAAGGAAAAGAAAGGUUAAGGUUAAAAUCAUUUGAGAGAAAAUAUUCUUUUGCAGCAAGGAGUGAACAGCGUGUCGUUGAGAAUAGACCACAAUGGAGUGGAGGGGUACUUGAUAUUUGGGAUGAUAUUUCGCUAGCAUAUCUUUCACUGUUUUGUGGUUUUUGUGUGUUCGGCUGGAAUAUGGAGAGGCUUGGAUUUGGGAACAUGUAUGUUCACAUUAUGACAUUUGUUCUGUUUUGCAUGGCUCCCUUCUGGAUUUUUAAUUUGGCUGCUGUUAAUAUAGACAAUGAGACUGUUCGGGAGGCUCUUGGAGUUACUGGGCUUGUUCUCUGUGUAUUUGGUUUGCUCUAUGGUGGCUUUUGGAGGAUCCAAAUGAGAAAGAGAUUCAGUUUGCCUUCUUAUAACUUCUGUUUUGGUGAACCAGCACUGGCUGAUUGUACGUUGUGGCUUUGCUGUUGUUGGUGCUCUCUUGCUCAGGAAGUGAGGACUGGGAAUUCCUAUGACAUUGUAGAAGAAAAGUUUUAUAGAAAACAAACGGAUAAUGGCAGCCAGCUACCAAUUUCACCUUUGGCUCGUGAAGAUGGAGUGGUUGAAUUUAGAUCUGCUCCAAAUUCUCCUCUGGGAAGCUACUCUAGCCCAACUAAGUUUAGCGUUGGUGGUUCUCCAAGUCCUAGCAGACUUUCAAAGGGAUUUUAUAGUCCAGAUAGGCCACUUUCCACAGUGAAAGAAGAGUCUUAUGUAAGAGGUAAGGAUGAAACUAUGACCCCACCUGCACCCUCGCUGAUAGAAAGGGAGGGUACAGAGCCCCACAAAUGAAGAUAUUAUUUCUAUACCGUUGUGAUUUGUAUAUGAAUUUCUGUAGAAUUAAAUUUUUAAACAAGUUUCUUUUGUGAGUGUUCAAAUGCAUCAGUGUUUUUUGUUUUGUUUUUUUUCACCAUUAGUUAACAUGUGAUAGUUGAUAGUUUAAUGGCACAUUCUGAUUCAGGCACAAAUAAAUGAUCUACUCUAUUAUUUCUACUUAGCAAUA